AUGAAAUCUGGCAACAUAUUUCCCGAAUCAGGAAAUAUCCAUAGUUGCCCAAAACAUAAAAGGGAAACUGUCAAAUUCUUCUGUAACGAUCACCAGCAGUCCUGUUGUUCAACAUGUAUAGGAACAAAGCACAGAAAAUGCGAAAGUAUUGAUACUGUUGAAGAUGCGGCAAAAAAUAUAAAACAAAAUCGCCAACUGGAUGUUCUUUUGGGUGAUAUGAAGAACUUGGAAAAGAAACUGACAAAAGCAAAGGGCGAACAAGAGAUAAAUGUAGCAGAAAUAGAGAAUUCAGUGGACGAAAUCAUAGAGAAAACAGAAAGGGAAUUCAAGGAAUGUGUUGAUCACCUAGAAAUACUGAAGAACAAACAUUUAGAUGAGGUUGCAGGUGCGCUGAAGAAAGGAAGGGGGAAGUUAAGUGAAUGUACAAAUGUACUUUCUGAUGGUAUACAGUGUACAAAUUACUGCUGCCGGAAUAUUGAAAGAGUUAAAGAGACUGAGAAUGACGCUGAAAUGGUGAUGACGUAUUACAGAGUGAAAGAGAGGCUCUUACAGCUGAAACAGUUUAAAUGCACGAAGAAACAGAUAACGAUAUCUCAAAAAAAAGUCACAAGUUUUGAAAGAAUUAAUGAAUUCAGCAUUGAUGGAGAAAAUUCGAUUGUGUGGACCGGGAAUUUUCUGUCCAAUGGUAACUUUGUAUUUGCAGACUACAUACCUGAUGGCCGUUGUUUUAUUUAUAACAAAGACUGGAAAUCCACGGAAGUCAUUGAUGGACUGAGUUACCCUUUUGAAGCAAUACACUCCGGAGAAGAACUGCUGGUGACGUGUGAUGGAACGAAGUCUAUAGAAGUUUUUUCUUUGUCUGAUUUACAUAAACUGCAAAGUAUCAAUAUCAACAAAACAGUGUAUGGAAUAACAAAACUCAAUGGAGCGUGUUAUGUGGGAUGUGGAAAUAAGAUUAUAAAAUUGAAUCUGUCUGGUGAAAAACUUAAAGAAUAUAAAGUCGAAGGCAAUUACAAUAUUCACAUAAGUACAACAAAAGAUGGACAUAUUGUGUACAGUAACUGUUCCCUGAAUACAGUAACCGCCAUCACGGACCAGGGAGACACCGUGUGGCAGUAUAAACAUAUCAAAAUGAAAGUACCCCGUGGACUUGAUGUAGACUCUGUCGGUAAUAUCUUUGUUGCCGCUAGAGGAAGUGACAAUAUUCACGUGUUGUCUGGCGCUGGCAGUCUCAUUAGGAUUAUCGAGGAUAUUCCACAGCCAAUGUUUAUUAAACUAAUGGAAGAGAGGAGUAUAUGUUGUGUGUGUAGCAAUCGCGAAAUCAUGAAAGUGUAUAAACUGUAG